GGUACCUAGACAUACAGCUCUAGAAUCUGUUCAAGACAUCAUGUUUGUAAUCUUGCCGCACAAUAAGUAUAGGUAUACCUACCUAGUACCUGGUAGCAAAAUCCACUCCAAAAACCUACCGUGAAACAAUCGACAUCAAAUAUGCCCGACUUCAGACCGGCACUGUUAAUUGUAGAUCUCCAAGAGGACUUCUGUCCUCCGAAUGGCUCGCUCGCUGUAGCUAACGGCCGUGACAUCGCGCCACUGAUUAACAAGCUUCUAGAAUUACCUUUCGUGGCUAAGAUCGCAACGAAAGAUUGGCACCCUAUCGACCAUGUCUCAUUCGCAGCUAACCACGAAGGAAAAUCCCCGUUUCGGGAUUUUAUCAAGAUUGAGAACCCGCACAACAGGUCGGAAACUUACGAGUCACGGCUGUGGCCGGUCCACUGCGUACAAGGCACUCCGGGAGCGGAAUUGAUCCACGAACUAAGCGCCAGCCAUCUGGACACGGUCCUUGAGAAAGGGACAGAUUCGCGGGUCGAGAUGUACAGCCCUUUCUACGACCCCUUUGUGUCUCCACGGGUCUACGAUAGCGGUCUCGCUAAAGCCUUGUCAGAGAAGCGAGUAACAGACCUGUACGUGGUAGGACUAGCAGCGGAUUACUGCGUAAAGAAUGCAGCACUCGACGCUGCUAAAGAAGGGUUUAAGACAUACCUGGUUGAAGAGUGUACUAGACCGGUCGACGUGUCUGCUUGGCCUGGAUGUAGGGAGGAAAUCAAGGCCUCGGGGGUUAAAAUAGUCAGCAUGGACGGUCCGGAAGUACGUCGAUUGAUGACGGCACAGUGAGCGGGCAAGACCGGCUAAGCUGAAGUCUCGCUGAGGAUGACUUCCACUUCUUAGCACAUACACGUUACCAGCUGUGCUAUCAUAUGUUUAAUAAUGUGAGCUCGGAGUUUGCCUGAUCCAGUAACAACGAUGUCUUGCAGCAUCCCAAGUCGUACAAGCCGGCAGCGGACUUACGUGAGAGGCAAAGUCAGUCCAAUCACAUAAGAAAUAAAGUGCCACGG